AUGCGAUGCGCGAACAAGGCCGCCGAGAGCGCGUCUGCACGUCUCUGUGCGGACGCCGAAGCAGAAACAACAGCAACUGAUGUCUCAUCGGUUGCUGAAGCGACCCAGCCUGUGUCACUUGGUGAUGCAGGUGCUGGUCAUGAAGACACUCAUGUCUUCACAGAGUACGAGCUCGGUGUAUCGUACUCUCCUGAUACGGAUGACGGAUCCGUAUCGACGGCGAUUGAAUCUAAGCCGCCUGCCAAGCGUGGCAUGGACGAUGCUUUGCGUCGCAGCAUCUUUGGUUCAUCUGAUGAAUCAGAUAACCAUCGCCGAAGCGAAGGCGCUCGAGGUCGCGAGACUCGGGCGCUAAUAGUGGAAGAGCGGGACCGCAAUGUGUUGCGUUUCGCUCCUGAGAAGAAGGCAUGGAUGCCUCCAAAAUCCGUCAUGGAUCACUUGUCGGCGACGACGAGUGAUCGUUAUCGAACACGAUUGUUCGAUUCGUCAAGGAUCCAUCACCUUGACCCCAGCGCGAAAAACUAUCGCGCUGAACAUGAAUUCUUCAUCGAUGCUUUCUUUAGACAUCGAUGGUACAGUGGGAAUCACAAGCGUGAUGGUCCCUCACUGCUUCAGGCGUGGAACGCCUACAUCCAUAACCUUGAGGAUGUAGGUCGUGACGCUUGGAACGACAAACUUAUCAAAGCUCGUGAUAAGUUUGAAAAGCGAACCCCGACAGGUGCACGCUACAAGCUGCAUCGUCUGUCAAUGGAGAAGGGAUUACCCUGCCUCUCUUGGGAAGACUCGUGCCCAUGUUGUGUGAACAACUCUGCACGAGCACCUAAGGAGGCUUACCUCCCUAAUAGCCCGUGGUGGCGCGAUGUGCCGCGUCGUACUGCUCAACCAGACCCAGUACGUCGAUCAUCAGUUGGGAGCGGGGCUCCCAAGAAUCCCAGGACGGGGGAUAGCCGCGCCACCGGACGAGAUAACUCGUCCGACGUCCGUUCACGUCGCGGUGGUUCAACAGCUGCUCAACUAGAUAGCGUUGGCCACCGCGAGAGUCCUCUAAUGGAGGUGGAGGAGGAGGAAAGACGCUCUCCAUACGAUCAUGUGGAUCGGUGUGUACCCGAGAGCUUCUUUGAUCACGUAACUCUUGCGUUUUGCGACGACAUCGAGCACGAGCGGGACAGACGUCUUCAACCGGCGGACACUGUCUUGAAACAUCGAGCUGAGUUUGCCUUUGCUCAGCUUGAGAACGAGAGAGCUCUGACAUCUCUUCGUGACGAGCUAAGGGUAGCUCGUGGGAUUGUUGAUCGGUCUCGGGAUGAGAUAGCUGCUCUUCAGACCCUUGUUGAUAUCCACCAUCGGGAGCACAAGGCUCUCUGCGAGAUGCUUGAGCGCAAGGGCGUUCUUCAUCGGAAGAAGCAGCGUACUGAUGGUACGGCUUAA